UUGCAACUUCGCAGAAGAGUUAAAAUAACCUCAUAAACGUGACUUGUUGUUUCUCUUAAGUUGUCAUCUAAUCAUUACGUCUUCUUCACGUUUGAGAUAAAAGUUAAAAUAUGACGACGUUAGAAGAUAAUUCCAUUUGGGAAGAUGGAGAAGAAUCGUUCGGAGAAGAAGUUCUUCGCAUGUCCACAGAUGAAAUUGUAAGUCGUACUCGGCUAUUAGACAAUGAAAUUAAAAUAAUGAAGAGCGAAGUAAUGAGAAUUAGUCACGAAUUGCAAGCUCAAAACGAGAAGAUUAAAGAGAACACUGAAAAGAUUAAAGUUAACAAAACACUCCCCUACUUGGUUUCAAACGUAAUUGAGUUGCUCGAUGUAGAUCCUCAAGAAGAGGAGGAGGAUGGUGCCGUUGUCGAUUUGGAUGCUCAGCGUAAAGGCAAAUGUGCUGUUGUAAAAACUUCCACUCGACAAACCUACUUUUUACCCGUUAUUGGGUUAGUGGAUGAGGAAAAAUUGAAACCCGGCGAUCUUGUUGGUGUUAAUAAAGACUCUUACCUGAUCCUCGAAACGCUUCCUGCCGAAUACGAUGCCCGAGUGAAAGCCAUGGAAGUGGAUGAAAGGCCAACAGAACAAUACUCCGAUAUUGGAGGACUUGAUAAACAGAUUCAAGAAUUAAUUGAAGCGGUUGUGUUGCCAAUGACACACAAGGAGAAAUUUGAAAAUUUAGGAAUUCAUCCCCCAAAAGGCGUGUUGCUGUAUGGCCCUCCUGGAACUGGAAAAACUUUACUGGCACGAGCAUGUGCAGCGCAAACAAAAUCGACCUUCUUAAAGUUAGCUGGUCCUCAAUUAGUACAAAUGUUUAUUGGAGAUGGUGCAAAGUUAGUUCGGGAUGCUUUCGCUUUAGCUAAAGAGAAGUCUCCCGCUAUUAUAUUUAUUGAUGAAUUAGAUGCUAUAGGUACAAAACGAUUUGAUUCUGAAAAAGCGGGCGACAGAGAAGUACAGCGGACUAUGUUGGAAUUAUUGAAUCAACUCGACGGAUUCAGCUCUACCUCACAUAUCAAAGUUAUUGCCGCUACAAAUCGAGUUGACAUUUUAGAUCCUGCUUUAUUGAGAUCGGGCCGACUGGAUCGUAAAAUUGAAUUUCCUCAUCCAAAUGAGGAAGCGAGAGCAAGAAUUAUGCAAAUUCACUCUAGAAAAAUGACUGUCAGUUCUGAUGUUAACUAUGAAGAGUUGGCAAGAACAACAGAUGAUUUUAAUGGGGCACAGUGUAAAGCGGUCUGUGUUGAAGCAGGCAUGAUUGCUUUGCGAAGAAAUGCUACGGUAGUCAUACAUGAGGAUUAUAUGGAUGCGAUCAUGGAAGUUCAAGCUAAGAAGAAAGCUAAUCUUAAUUAUUACGCGUAAUUUGUAUCUUUCCUAUAAUUAUAUUUGUCUGCUUUUGAAGGAAUUUAUAAACAACCAAGUUUGUUUACA